AAUCCUCAUCGCCAAAGUUGGCAUAUGUAUAUAAGGAUUAAGGAUUAACGCUGAUUGUUUUGUUUGUUUAUAUUGUUAUUCUCUUGUUAACACAUUUGUAAGUUGAAACAAAGUCAUAUUGUUAUUGUUUUAUUAAAAAAAAUUUAUGAAAUAAAUCUUUGAAUGGCAUAAAAUGUCGGAUAAAAAAAAUUCGCAGGAAUGGCUUGAUACUUUCAGAUAUAAAAAACCUUCAUCACAAAGGUUAGAAAAAUAUUAAUAAACUUUAGAAAAUUUGGAGACAAAAGUAUACUAUCAAAAUUUAAUGAAUCACAUAGAUUGUCUGUUAUUUCAGUUGUAAAAAGACUCAGAUGAUUCCUUAGGUUCUCCUGAAAAACUAGAAUUACUUUCAAGUACAGUGUAUGUUAUUGAUGACUCAAUGGAUCAGUCAGCUGUACUUGGUGGUGAAAUAAAAGUUGACAGUGAAAAAGAAAAUUUAACACCACCAAUGGACAAACCAGUGUGUCAUAGAAAAAAAUUUAUUAUUGAUUCAUCAUCUGACAGUGAUGAUUUAUUAACGACAUACAAAACAGGGACAUCACAAAAAUUAAAAACAGAUAAUUUAAAAACAGAAAAAAAAUGUGAUAAUGAUGAUAGUUCUAGUCCAAAAAAAUUAUCAAGAAAUUCACAAGCUCAAAGAAUGAAAGUAUCACCAAAAAAAAUUAUUAAUUCACAAGAACAUAAAAUAGCAAUAAAAAAGCCAACGAAAUUUAUAUCAGAGUCAUCAGAUGAUGAUUUUGAAAAACCUAUUAAAAAAGAAGAUUCAAUGUGUUCUAAAAAAAGUCCAGAUAAAUGGCAAGGACCUGAUUUUAAAGUUGAUUUACAACCACUUGGAAUUGAUGAUACACUAACACCUUGGAUUCAAAAUAUUAAAUCAAAUCCAUUAAUGGCUGGGAUACGAACUGAAAAAUCUGAUCUUAUUGAACAAAAAAAAGGUCUUAUAAAUUUAGAUUAUGAAAUAUUAGAAAAAUUUUAUUCAGCAUUUGACAAAAUUCCUGUAUCAGUGUUAAAAAAUUUUCGAGGUUUUGAUGAAUCAACAUUUUCUAAAAUGAAAAUUCUUCAUCAACAAAUAAAAGCUAAAUGUCGUUUGGCUACCAAAAAAUUAGAAUUGGCAGAAAAAAAUACAAAGCCAACAGAAUUUUUUCCAAGUGAUGAAGAAUCUGAAUUAAAUAUUUCAGUUCAAGAAAGACCAAAUAAAGAUAAACCUAUAAAACAAGAAAUAUCAAAUGGUAUUUCAAAGGAUAGUUCAACUAAUUUGUCAAGUACAAAAACAAUAUCAACAAAAUCAAAAGAUCCAUUUGCUAAAUUAAAUAAUGAUGAAUCUUGUGAAUUAAAAAAAUCUUCACCAACCAAGUCUCAUAAAAUAGUAACAAAUGGUGAUAAUAUAGGAGACGAAAUUGUAUCACAUCAAAGAAAAUCAUCACCAAUAAAUUCUCGUGGUGUUAUUGAUAAUGAAACUUCAUUUUCAGAAGCUGAUUUUGCUCAGCAUAAUGAAAGUUCAAGUUCAUGUGCAACAAGUUCACCAUCUCCAAUUGUAAAAGGUUCAUUUCAAUUAAAACGUCCAGUUAAAGCAAAAGUACACCAAACAAUGGCUAAAAAAAUUAAUAGUUUAUGGGAAAAAAGACAAAGUGAAUCACCAGUUAUCAAAUCACCUACACCAACAAAAAAAAUUCCAUCUCCAUCAGUUGAAACACAAGUAAAAAAUAACAUUUCAAGACCAUUAUUUAAUUUACAAUCUAAUAAAUGUGAUACAUCAAAUAAAAAUGACAAGUAUCAAGCUGAAAAAAGUCCAGACUCAACUAUGAUUGAAUUAGAUUCAACACCUGAAGUUGAGGCAGACAAAAGUGAUAAUUUUAAGUAUGAAGAUAUGUUUGACAAUGAUGAUGAUGAUUUUUUUAUAGAAGAACUAAAUGAAAAAUCUCUGUCAAAUGAAUUAAGAGAUCUUCCAGUAUUUGGCAAUAGUAAUCAAUCUUCAGUUGAACAAUCAAGUUCUCAAAUAUCAGUUAAAUCAAAUGGUUCAAGGUCAAAUUAUUUUGAAAUGGGAAAUUUUACUGGUGAUGUUAAAAAUGAUGGUGUUAGUGGUGAAUUUGAUAGUUUAGAUUACAAUCAUUCACCACAAAUGUUAAAAUUAUUUCGUAGAAUAUUUGGUCUUUAUAAUUUUCGUCCAAAUCAACUUCAAGCAAUAAAUGCAGCGUUAUUAAAAUUUGAUACAUUUAUAUUAAUGCCAACUGGUGGUGGUAAAUCAUUGUGUUAUCAAUUACCAGCAAUACUUUGUCAAGGUGUAACAAUUGUAGUAUCACCAUUAAAGAGUUUAAUAACUGAUCAAGUACAAAAAUUAACAUCAUUAGAUAUACCAGCAGCUCAUUUACUUGGUGGUGUUAGUGAAAAACAUGCAAAUGAUGUUACACGUGAAUUAUCAUCAAGUAAACCAAAUCUAAAAUUAUUAUAUGUUACACCAGAAAAAAUAGCAGCAUCACAAAAAUUUAUACAAGUAUUAACAAAUUUAUAUGAAAGAAAUCUUUUAUCACGUUUUGUUAUUGAUGAAGCACAUUGUGUAUCACAGUGGGGUCAUGAUUUUCGUCCUGAUUAUAAAAGGCUUAAAGUAUUAAGAGAAAAUUUUCCAAAAGUACCAUUUAUGGCAUUAACAGCAACAGCAACACCACGUGUUAGAAGUGAUAUAUUACAUCAAUUAGAUAUGACUAAACCAAAAUGGUUUUUAUCAAGUUUUAAUCGUCCAAAUCUAAAAUAUACUGUUGUUGAUAAAAAACCAAAACAAAGUUGUAUCGAAAUAAUAGCAUUGAUAAAAGAAAAAUACAUACGUGAUUGUGGAAUUGUUUAUUGUUUUUCACGUCGUGAAUGUGAUGAUUUUGCUGAUCAAUUUCGUCAUAAUGGUAUUAGUGCUGAUUCAUAUCAUGCUGGUAUGACUGAUGUAGCAAGAACACGAGUACAAACAAGAUGGAUAUCUGAUGAUGUUAAAGUUGUAUGUGCAACAAUUGCAUUUGGUAUGGGAAUAGAUAAGCCAAAUGUACGUUUUGUUAUUCAUGCUGCAUUACCAAAAUCAAUUGAAGGUUAUUAUCAAGAAAGUGGACGUGCUGGACGUGAUCUUGAAAAUGCUGAUUGUAUAUUAUUUUAUAGUUAUUCUGAUGUUCAUAGACAUCGUAAAAUGACUGAAUUAGAUAGACCACCACCAUCAGUUUUACAAACACACAUGGAUAAUUUAUAUAAAAUGGUAUCAUUUUGUGAAAAUAAAACAGAUUGUCGUAGAACACAACAGUUAAAUUAUUUUGGUGAACAAUUUGAUAAAAAUAAAUGCAUUAAAAAUAAAGAUACAGCAUGUGAUAAUUGUCGUAAUAUACAAGUAUUUACAGAAAUUGAUGUAACUGAUAUGGCUAAAGCAAUUAUAACAGCUGUUAGAGAUUUAAAUGUAGCAGGUAAAAAUAAUGUAACAGCAAAUCAAUUAACUGAAAUUGUCAAGGGUGCUGAUUUAAAAAAAUUUCGAGAUACUGGUUUAAAUAAACUUCCUGUUUAUGCCAAGGGUAAAGCAUGGAAUAAAAAUGAUCUUGAAAGAUUGAUACACAAACUGGUAAUUGAUAGCUAUAUUCAAGAAGAAAUGUAUGUUAAUAAAGAUAUUGUAGCAGCUUAUUUAAAAAUUGGUCCUGCAACAAAAGCAUUUAUGACUAAUCCUAAGUCAAAAAUGAUGUUCCCAAUGAAAAAAGCAACUAGCCAAUUGACAGUUACAGUUGGUCCAUCAAAAGUUCCAGUUAAAAAUAAUAAUCUUAAAGAACUUCAAGACAAAUGUUAUGCUGAUUUAAUGAGAGAUUUAAAUGGUAUUGCUGGUGCAUUAAAUUUGCAAGCAACAACAAUGAUUAAUUUAGUUGCAAUUCGAGCAAUGAGCCAACAAAUGCCAACAACAGUUCAAGAAAUGUUAAAAAUUCCUCAUGUUACAAAAGCAAAUUAUGAAAAAUGUGGAAGACCAUUAUUACAAAUAUGUCAAGAUUAUGCUAAAUUAAAAACUAAACUUGAAGAAGAAGAAGCUGCAGAAAUUGAAGAUGAUAAUGAUGAUUUUGAAGGUACUUGGAUUGAUACUAAAGACUCAUCUCGUCCUAGUGGUAGUGGUGUUAAACGUAGAGGUUCAGCAACUGCUGGUGGUAAUGCUAAAAAAUAUAAAGCUGGUGGUAGUUCUUCUAGAGGUAGAUAUGCAAAAGGUGGCUCAUCAAAUUCAGCGCGUGGACGUGCUAAGAGUACUACUACAACUACUAAGAAUACUAAGACUACUAAUAAGGGACCUGGUCUUGUUGAUUUUACACAAAAACCACAAUAUCUCAGAGAUCCACUACGUUUUCAAACUUUAGGACUUUAAAAAAACAAAUCAAUUAAUUUUUUUUUCGAU